CUAUAUAAAUUAUGCCCAUCAAACUAAACUAAAAGAAAAAAUAAAAUAAAAAACAUUUGGCCCAUUGACCCAACUGUUCUAACCCUAGUUUGUUUAUCAUAACCCAUUAACCAUGAGAAUGUGCUAGCCACUCCGCCUCCGCCGCCUCCGUACCCUACUGAUCUGCAGGAGAUCCGCCAGAGAAGAUAGAGACGCCGCCGCCGAAGAAGAAUACAUAUCUGCGGAGAUCCACCGGAGAAGAAGGCAGAUCUGCGGAGAUCCGCCGGGAAGAAAACAGAUCUGUAGAAGAUCCGACGGAAGUAAGAGAGAACCCGCCGCCCAACCCGCGAUCGUGCCGCCUCGCUCUGCUGCCUUCGCACCCGCUCCGGCCGCUCCACUAAAACGCUCCGGCCGCUCCACUAAAACGCUCCGCCUCAAGUUCUCUGCAGCGGCACUGAGCCGCUCCGCUCUGCCCCGCCGCUACGCAAGAGCAUUAAUCAUCGGAGAACAAAUAUAAAAGGAGAGUUAUCAAUUAUGGGUGAGUUUACGAUUCAGAUUAGCAAUGACCUUGUUAAUCAGCUUGUUGAUGAUGCGGUGCCUAAGAAAAAAACUAGAAAGACUAGACGUAAGGUGGCAAGAGAGACUGAAAAGCCCCAAUAUAAUGAAACUAGAAAGCCAGAGGGUGCAGUUACUCCAGGGUGGCCAGUGCAGGCCCCGUUAUUUCUACCUGCCACAUUGCCUGUACAACCUGCCCAUUCAGAGUUGGAAGUAAUUCAGUCUAUGCUUCAGGAAAGUGAGAAGGUUUUGGAAAGAUUGCAGAAGCAAGAGGAGAAUAUGUUGCAGGAAGUGACCCAAAAGGCAAAGGAUCUUCAUGAUAAAGAGUAUAAGCUUCCGAACCCAAAGCCUGAGCCUUGCAUGGCCGAGAGGCUUGCGACCUUAACAUGUUACAAGGAACAUAUCAAGGACCCAUUGAAGUGUGCUAGUCUUGUUACCAGUUUUGCUGAUUGCUUGCGCAGGUUUGGCCGUACAAAUGACAAAUAAUUUAUAUACUGAAAAGUGGUUUGAAAGUAAAUUUGCGUGACAUGCAAAUAAACUAGUGAACUACAUACUGACAAAUACUCAUUGUGUUACUGCCAAUUUUGUUUAAUCGUUCGUUCCCAGCAUUAAACUAUGUUUUUAAGCUCAGAAUAAGUGACGUAGAAUCCAAUAUUUUCUGUUAUCUGCUUGCCCCAUAUUCUGUCAAGGGGAGAGUUUCCGAGUUUGUCAGUCAUAUGUAUGCUACUAAUUCCCAAAAAAAUAGAGAUGCUAAAAUUCUAUUAAC